GAUAUGGGGAGGGUCGCCAGGUGCACGGAGGACAGACAGCAGCUCUCUAGAACCCAACCAGACCUAGUAAACAUUGACGGGGACCAUCCCUAUCGUCGCAGCGUGAUCAGGCUACCAUUUGUUUUGCGGAAGAUCGCCAUCGCCCACUUGCAGGCCUUAGCUCGGUCCACUACAAUCCCAAUCAUCCCCCAUCCUUCCAUCCUCUCGCCCGUUCCGCCAUCCGCAGCGUCACCAGCACCCGGAUGGCCCUAUCAUUGGCCACCGCUUCCACCGUGCCGUCCCUGCAUUCUAUCGUUCGAGUUGCUAAGGACGGUACGACUUAUCUAGUAUCUAGCAGGAGCAAUUCUUCUUAUCCUGUGCGCGUCUCUACGAACCAGAAGGAGCACCAGAAGCAGCACCAGAACCCUCCGACCCCAACGGGGAACCGACUCCGUGCUAACCCGCCUAACGGCUCCUCGUCCCUCGUCCACCCGGCCUGGUUUGUCCUGCUAAUCUUUCCAGGUUGCCUCCCCCGUCUCCUCCUCCUCCUCUGCUGUCUCCUCACUCUUUCUCCUCUCCGUCCUGUCCUCUCCUCCCUCCCCCAUUUCCCCCCCAUCUCUCUUCUUCCCUCUCCCUCCCUCUUCCCACUCCCACCCCUUCCCUCUACCCAAUCUCAGGGCCGUCUCUCAAUCUCUUUCCCCCCCCCCCCCCCCACGUUUUCUAAUCUCCCGUCCACUGGAUUCCCCCCCUCAUUUUCCAAAGAUUUCGUUGGGGGUCGCGAUUACCUAACUCGAAAGCAGCACGCGCAGCCCAGUGGCUGAACCUGAACCCGCACUCUGGAGCCUGAUGCUCCGCCAUCGGCAGCCCGUCUUUCGCCAGUGUUCCCAUUACUCAUUCCCUCUAUAAACCCUUUUUCUCCUCU